AUGCCUUCUCGAAGCGUGCGUUACCGUUGGCCACCAGCGCCAUGCGUGGAGGAGGAACCCACCUCGCUCGCUCGAGAAUUACAUGGCUCUACUAAGAAGGGCGAAGAGCCUGAUGCAGAGGGUAUUAGCCGCCGAGGGGAACUCGAUCAAUACCCUAUUAUUAUCUCUCCGGACUCUCCUCUCCCAGAUCUAACCACUCCACCCGGUGCAUCAAGCAUCCCAGGACUGGGUAGUGCUUCUUCCGACGACAAUAGCUCUGGCCCUCGUACUCCUCCUCCACAAAUCCCAGAACAAACAGUUGUUCGUAUGACUAGCUCUAAAAAGAGAGAAUCAGCUAGAUCUACCGCGUCAUCGGACUCGAGCAGGUCUCGAAGUCGAGCGCCGCAAGCUCACCAGCAGUCUGGCCAAGCUCAACAGCCUGCUCGCCAACCCCGUCCACGUUCCCAAUCCAGAGGUCGCGAUCGUCCAAGAAACGAGCCAAGCUACUUCCCUCCAAUCACCUACGAAAGCUCAGUUCCUCAACAAAGCACUCGAGGUCGUUCCUAUGAAGAGGUUAGCUCGGCUCCACAGAAGCCAACAAUGAACCGCUCAAACAGCGUACGCAAUGGAACAUCCACAGGGCACAUUGCUCCAAGCAGACCACGCCCAGAGCUACGUCCUGCGUCUCAGUCUGACUCUACCUUAAUAAGAGGAAGAGAAUCUUCUCAUAUUGCCUCACCGCCCAUUCCACCUCUCCGAGUCAGGAAGGGCCUAGACACUUCCGGUCCCACUCCCACUCUUGCCGAAAGAUUGGAAGAGAAGCUCAGAUUGAGGCAGGAGCUUCGAGAAAUUGCCUCUGACUCAGAGACUGAGUCACCAAAGCGCAGGACCAAGUCUAUUAGUCCAAAGACUGUUCAUGCAGUUCCUGUACCAGUUCCGGUUCCGGUUCCAGCACUAGCACCAAACCCUCCGCCUGUUGAAUUUCUUCAUCGCGUUCCAAGCCACAUGUCACAGGAGCCUCAGCAACGCCCACCGACAACACGAGGCAGAGCGAGCACAAUGAGCGCCGUACCACAACCCAUACUGCGCUCAGCAUCAAAAGCCCCCGGUGCUUCAAAGUCCUUUUCAUCCGAUGAAGCCCAAGCCAGCUCCAGCCGUCCUCGCCGGAACAACUCUGUCAAGUUUCAAGACCAACUUCCACAGAGACACAUCCUACCCCAACCAGCACCUGUUCAAAAAGCAACUUCACCACAGCGCGCCAUAAGCCCGAAUGGUUUAUUCGUAUCGCCCUGCCCACGCUCAAUCCCGAUAUCAGGCCAACAAGAAUGGUACACUCUAAAGGGCCUCACACACCUCGACAUCUGUCCUUCAUGCAUGGAUCAAGUCUCAAACUCUCGCUUCCGCGACUUCUUCAUCAAGAGUCCACCCAAGUCCCCAGGCCAGAAAAUCCGGUGCGCCUUCGCAAAUGCCUGGGCCCGUCUCGCCUGGACCCAAAUGAUCAAAAAGCAACACGACAGUCUCGAGGUCCUCUACCAGAUGACCCGCCCACCACCAGGCAGCAGACCCUGCCCCGGCCGCGUUGUAGCAAAUCAAGCCUGGCACCGCGUUGUCGACCCAGAAACAGGAAGUUAUCUGCCCCGCUUCCAUGUCUGCGGUAGCUGCGCUAGAAACGUUCGAAUCCUCAUGCCCUCCCACCGCGAUACCUUCGAGCCCUGCCCUGAUAUCCAAGAGAGCCUCUGCGACUUCGUCACUACCAGCCCUCGCUUUGUGCAGUACAUCGAUCUACUCGACAGCGCUGCCAGUCGCGCUGAGCCAUCACGUCGCCCAGACACACGGGACUUCCUCUCGUACGCCCGACGCAAGUGUGUCCUCCGCGACUGUCGCCGUGAUAGACCUACCAAGGGUGCUUGGCACUAUAUUGCUGCUCUACCGGAGUUCAGUGCCUGUGAAGACUGCUAUGAUGAGGUAAUCUGGCCUCUUGCAAAAGCGCAUCAUCCCAUUGCUAGGUCUUUCUCAGCUUCCAUGCAUUACUUACCCGGGGACACGCCGAAAAAGUGCCACGAUGCGAGUUGUCAGCUUUAUUCACCACGGAUGAGAGCCAGAUUCCGGGAGGCUGUUGCGAACAAUGACUUUGGUGGAUUGAAGGCGGCUACUCUCAGGCGAUUUGAGGCCGAGAGAAGAUUUCGGGAUCGCAGAGAGGAAUUGCUUAUUGCUGAGGAGAGAGGGUAUGAUUGUGAAGGGGAGUUGAAGAAAGCUGUUGAGGAGUGGAGACGGUGGGAGUGA